AUGUCGGAGACGGAGACGCUGGAGACAGGCAGCGUCCUCCCGCGGAGCCUCAGCGCCACUUCCGUUCCAGGGCGGGGCUCAAGUCCCGCUUCAAUUCCGGAGUUCGGCGUGUCACGGCGAGCCGGAGGGGCCGGGCUUUCACCCGGCACGUACGGAGCGCGCGCCGUCCGCGCGGCCCAGCCCACGCGCGAGAAGCCAGUUCUCUCGGCGGCGGCGCCCGGCGCCACACGCCCGCCGGCCGGGGCUCGGGUCCCGCGCGCCGGGGCGGGGCCGACACUGAGGAGCCGGGCCUCCGCCGCGGCGCCCAAUUCAAACGCCCGCCCCCGGCGGCGCGGCCCUCCCCGUGACGUCACGCCGCGCGCCGCCGAGGCCUCUUCGGAUUGGUUGCGGCCUCCGUCCGGGCGCCGUCAAACCGCCGAGGUUUCCCUUCCGGGUCCCGGGCUGCGGUGCCGGGCGCAGAGGCUUCUGGGAGCCAGGAGCCGCCAUGGUGUGUGUGUGAGGGCUUCGCGGCUGCGGCGUCGGACCUCGGCCUCGGUGAGCGGCGGGAGGUCGCGGCGUCCUCCCUGCCUGCGCGCGGGGCGGCGGGGCCGGGCGGAGGCUUUCCUUUGCUGCCUUCCCGAGCCUCCCGGGGGCCGGGCGACGCGGGCCGGGCGGCGGCGAGGACGCGGGCCGGGCGGAGAGGACGCGGGCCGGGCGGCGGCGAGGACGCGGGCCGGGCGGCGAGGACGCGGGCCGGGCGGCGGCGAGGACGCGGGCCGGGCGGCGGCGAGGACGCGGGCCGGGCGGAGAGGACGCGGGCCGGGCGGCGGCGAGGACGCGGGCCGGGCGGAGAGGACGCGGGCCGGGCGGCGGCGAGGACGCGGGCCGGGCGGAGAGGACGCGGGCCGGGCGGAGAGGACGCGGGCCGGGCGGAGAGGACGCGGGCGGCGGAGAGGACGCGGGCCGGGCGGAGAGGACGCGGGCCGGGCGGAGAGGACGCGGGCCGGGCGGAGAGGACGCGGGCCGGGCGGCGGCGAGGACGCGGGCCGGGCGGCGGCGAGGACGCGGGCCGGGCGGAGAGGACGCGGGCCGGGCGGAGAGGACGCGGGCCGGGCGGCGGAGAGGACGCGGGCGGCGGCGAGGACGCGGGCCGGGCGGCGAGGACGCGGGCCGGGCGGCGAGGACGCGGGCCGGGCGGCGGCGAGGACGCGGGCCGGGCGGCGGCGAGGACGCGGGCCGGGCGGAGAGGACGCCGGCCGGGCGGAGAGGACGCGGGCGGCGGAGAGGACGCGGGCCGGGCGGCGAGGACGCGGGCGGCGGAGAGGACGCGGGCCGGGCGGCGAGGACGCGGGCGGCGGAGAGGACGCGGGCCGGGCGGCGAGGACGCGGGCCGGGCGGAGAGGACGCGGGCCGGGCGGAGAGGACGCGGGCCGGGCGGAGAGGACGCGGGCGGCGGAGAGGACGCGGGCCGGGCGGAGAGGACGCGGGCCGGGCGGAGAGGACGCGGGCCGGGCGGAGAGGACGCGGGCGGCGGAGAGGACGCGGGCGGCGGAGAGGACGCGGGCCGGGCGGAGAGGACGCGGGCCGGGCGGAGAGGACGCGGGCCGGGCGGAGAGGACGCGGGCCGGGCGGAGAGGACGCGGGCCGGGCGGAGAGGACGCGGGCGGCGGAGAGGACGCGGGCCGGGCGGAGAGGACGCGGGCCGGGCGGAGAGGACGCGGGCCGGGCGGAGAGGACGCGGGCCGGGCGGAGAGGACGCGGGCCGGGCGGAGAGGACGCGGGCCGGGCCGGGCGGGCGGGCGGCGGAGAGGACGCGGGCCGGGCGGAGAGGACGCGGGCCGGGCCGGGCGGGCGGGCGGCGGCGAGGACGCGGGCCGGGCGGAGAGGACGCGGGCCGGGCGGGCUGGGCGGAGAGGACGCGGGCCGGGCGGGCGGGCGGCGGAGAGGACAUGGGGCCGGGCGGGCGGGCGGGCGGGCGAGGGCCCGGCUGCCCCCACCGCCGCGGCCUCUCCGCCUCCCCCGGAGACGCCCGUGGCUUCCCGAGAGUCGGGACGGGGCCGGCGAGGCGGGCGGCGGCCUCGGCUCCCGGCUGGCGGCCCGGCGCCCGCGCCCGCGGAUGUGCGCCGAGACCGCGGAGCCGAGCUCCGGCCGACACGCACUGGUCGCUCCCGCGGGGCGCCCGCGCCGCCGGCCGCCGCGCCUUCCCCAGCCCCGCCGCUGCCGUCCCUAGGCGGGGCGGCCUGGGACAGCCACGCGCCGAGCCCCGCACGGCCUGUCCCUGAGGAGGCAGCUCUGUGGGUCGUGAGUUUGAAAAGCCGUCGGAAGGGUAGACAGUAG